AUUAUUAUUUAAUUUAGGUGUUUUUGAUUUCUAAUUUGAUAAUUCCUGUAUUGAACAGUAUUAAAUAGUAAUUAAGAGUCCUCUCAAAAUUUUCCUAAUUAAAAAAACUGAAUUAAAAGCAAUUGUUUACUCGGUUACCAUGACUCUGGGACAAUUUGAGAGGGUUUACUGUAUUUUGCUGAACCAUAAAAUAUCAUUUUGUAAUAUUUUUAGUCCAUGUGGAUGUUAUGCUUCCAAUUGCUAGGUCUGGUUAAAGCUUUCGAUAACUCGGAAUCGCCAUGUUUCUAGAGAAAAUCACUAAAUUCGUUAGUAUUUAUUGGGGUUCAUAUUUUGAACAUUUUACAGCAAUCCUUUAUAUUGAAAUCAUGAAAUGGAUGUGUUAAUUCACAUUUGUUUCCGUGAUUUUUUUGAUCAAAGGAAUUGCAAUUCCUUCAAAUUAUUGGGUUAUUUGUUUAAUUUUUACAUGUUUUUUAUUUUUAUACCUAUUCAAGUAUCACUUCAUAUUGAAUUUGAGCUUUUUCAAUGGGAAUCGGCGUUAAAUUAAAAAUAACAAAUUUUGAAAAGAUUAUUAAUGUGCGUAUUUGGCGCCUUACGACUUUUGCUGGUUGAUUCUCAAAACAGCUGAUGGAGAUGUAUUGGAAACUUUAAUGCUAAUUGUUUACCAACAAUUUUCAAUGGAUCUAUGAUUUUACUUUUUCUGUGUUAUCUCAGUGAAUCUAUGUAAUGUUUUAAGAUUUUAAAAUUGAUUUCAUUCGGUUUAUCAUGAAUGAGAUUAGCCAACUAAUAUGCACUGUUUAAAAUACGGUUUCUAAAUGUAUCAGUUUAUGUGAAUGAUAUUUGGAAUCAAGGAUGUCACCAGGCUGUUGGAACUUAUCUACUCAUCUAUCUAGAAUUACCUCUAGAAGAUUAAGUAGCUUAAUUGGCUCCUUUGAACCAUCUUACAAUCCUAAUUUUGUUCCUGAGCACAGUCCGGUGGAACCUGAUGAUAUUAGACUGCUGACUCAGUUUAUGAAAAGUCAUUCAAAUAUUAUUGUGAUUACUGGAGCUGGCAUAUCUACUGAAAGUGGUGUCCCUGAUUAUCGUUCAGAAAAAGUUGGUCUCUAUGCCAGAAAUAAUCAUAAGCCCAUACAAUAUCAAGAAUUUUUAUCCAGCCAAGCUGUUCGUCUUCGUUACUGGGCUAGAAACUUUAUUGGUUUUGAUAAUUUUUCCAAGAUCCGUCCAAACAAUGCUCAUUAUAUUUUGUCAAAAUGGGAAAGACAAGAAAAGAUCAAGUGGAUUGUUACACAAAAUGUUGACCAGCUUCAUCAGAAAGCAGGUUCGUUGAAAGUUACAGAACUUCAUGGAUCUGGGUUUACUGUUAAAUGUUUGAAUAGUCGUAACUCCCAAUGCGAUUUUACUAUAAGUCGACACAUAUUUCAGGAGGUACUCCAUCAGUAUAACCCACAGUUGGUUGACGUGAAACUUGAUGAUUUAAGAACUGUAAGGCCUGAUGGAGAUGUCGAUCUAGAUGCUCGUUUCGUGGAAAAUUUCAAAGUUCCUCGUUGUCCCAAGUGUUUAGGCAUUUUAAAACCUGAUAUUAUUUUUUUUGGUGACACUGUCCCAAAAGACAGAGUUGAGUACAUCUAUCAGAAAAUGGACAAAUGUGAUGCCCUUCUUGUCAUAGGAUCAUCUUUGCAGGUCUAUUCUGCAUAUCGCUAUAUCAUUGCUGCAUCAGAGAAAUCAUUACCUAUCAUGUUGAUAAAUAUUGGAGCAUCUAGAGCUGAUAAUUUAAAGAAUGUUACAAUUGUCAGAAAAAGAGCUGGGCAACUGUUACCUCUUAUUGAAAUUUCCAGUUGAUAAUUAUGAAAGGGGAAAUUCUUGAUGUUGAUUGAUAUCGUUAAAUGUUUUAUUUUUGUUUCAACUAUCAAAGUAUAACAAUAUUCAAUAUUACCUGAGAUUAAAGAGAAAGAAAAUACAGAUUUGUUUCAUUUCUUCUUCCAUCUGUAUCCAUCCUCGAAACUAUCAACAGAUUGAUUAUCGUAGAAUUCAUGAUUCCUCAAUUCGUUCAACUCCUCACAUUGUUUUGUCAUACGAACAACAUCUAUAUCCAUCGAAUCUAACGAGCCUGAUAUUUUCCAGUAAAGUGGCUCUACUCUUUUCCCAUCGGUUAAUACUGGAGGCCAAGGAAGUCUACGAUUCUUGACGAAAUCGGUGUAUAAUUUCAUCAAUUUUUUGCUCAUUAAUCGAUCUUGGUGAUUGUAAUUAUAUGGAUCUCUGAAAGGCUGGCCAAAGAUAAGCAAUGUGUCAUCACCAUGUCGUGAACCAAAUGGUCGUUCACUGGUUCCAUCAGCUCUGGUGUAUACUUUGGAUACAUAAUUAAAAAUGUAAAGAUGAACAAUGUUUUUUUUGAUUGCCAAUUUUUCAGCAAAAUAAAGUGAUGGGCACUUCAUUGACCAAUCGGAGCAAAA